GCGGUUUAGAGGUUCCUGUAGCUUCUCUGGAUUUGCCGUGACGCGCAGCCUCGUCCUGUGUUUGGGUGCUUUACUCGGGUAUAGGAGAACCGUGGAGUACACAUAAACUAGGACUAGCUGUCCGGAGCGGAUCUUGAAGAUCAAGGCACACUAUGGAUGAAGAGGAACAGUUUGUUAACAUUGAUCUGAAUGAUGACAAUAUCUGCAGCGUCUGUAAGCUAGAGACAGAAACGGGGACCAUGUCUUUCUGCCACGUCUGCUUUGAACUCAGCAUUGAAGGUGUCUCCUCUGCUACCUUGUUGCACUCCAAGUCCCUGCGAGGCCACAGAGACUGCUUUGAGAAAUGUCAUCUCAUCGCCAACCAGAAGCUGUCACGAUCCAAGGUCUCCCGGAGUGCCUACGAGGGCAUGAAGCUGGCCCUCAGCCAGAAACUGAACCGCAUCAUUCAGUACGCCCAGAACAAAGACUCUGUCUCCUCCAGUGGCCCGAACAGACGGGGGGCUAAGCUUCUGUGUUACGGCCAGCAAAAUGACCGCAAGCUGCUCCCCCAGUCAGACGCCCAGGUGCCCCGCUACACGCCCUGCUGGGACACGGGCAAAUCAACAGGGCCGGCUGACUACACGAUGGGUAUGCUGGAGCGCCACACAGCCGAGGAGCUAGGACUGCUGCAGGAGUCGCAUUCUGACGUUUGGUCCAACGACAGCAGGAGAGGUCUUCACAGCCGGAAGCCAUCAGGAGGACAGCAGCACCAGGGUCACAGCAGAGAAGAGUUGACUGAAAUGAGUGUGGAUGAGCUCCAUCAGCUAAAUGCCCAGCUACUCCUGCAGAUUCAGAAGGUCUUUGAGGAGUUGACAGUUGCCGUGCAGGAGAAAGACUCGCUGGCAUCUGAGCUGCACGUGCGUCACAUUGCCAUCGAACAGCUCUUUAAAAAUUGCGCCAAGCUGCCCUGGCUGCACAUUAGCAGGGCCGGGGUCAAGGCCAGCAGCAGCAGCACUGUGGAGUGAGGUGCUGGGAGGUGGCUUUUGAUUGGCUGCUGGGAGGAAACAGACGAACACUUCAGACUGCAGAAUGCAGAACGUGUAACCUGGAGGACACUAGAGCAACGUUAAGGGCUGGACUGACGUGGUGUUUGUUUUCAUGGUUGGAGUGAUGAUGCCAGGUUUAAAGAUGGUUUUCUGCUCUGAAUUGCAGCCGAACCGAGUUCACAUGAGAUGUUAGCAGCAGGUAAAAGGCAGCACAGAGGUUCCUGGGACUGGAUGAGGCUGUUUUUAAUGGACAAGAUCACGUUUUUAAUUUCAAAUAUGUUAUUAUUGUCAAAGACUAAAAAACGGUUUUAAAAAUGUUCCAAACACAUUUGUUAUCAUCGUACUUUUGUUUUAGUUUUCUGACACAUUUCAGUUUUACAGUGGAUUUUCCUUUC